UCCCGUCCAAACAUUAUUUCUUUUAUAUCUGCCCGAAGCGUUCUCUUUUUUGUCUCUCUGAUUUGCGUCAAAUUUCUUCGUUCAAUUCAAUUGUACGGUGUUUCUAACCGGCUGAUAUCUCUAUACGAUGUCGUAUUGGUGCUAUAGUUGCAAUCGGUUCGUUAGGGUUUGGAGUCACGAUGCAAUCGUCUGUCCCGAUUGCGAUGGGGGUUUUCUGGAGGAGAUCGAGGAACAGCCUCGGCGCCCCCACAGGUUUCCUGCGGCUGCGAUGUACAUGAUUGAUAAUCGGCCCAAUUCGGCUCAGAAUUCCCAUUCGGCGGUCCGGCGCAUCCGGAGGGGCCGUGGCGACCGGUCGCCGUUCAAUCCGGUCAUCGUUAUGAGGGGAACAGCUGAUGAGGGUGGCGGCGAGGGCGGAGAUAGAGGUGCGUUUGAUCUUUACUACGACGAUGGUGGCGGUUCGGGGCUUAGGCCGUUGCCGGCCAGUGUGUCGGAGUUUUUGCUGGGGUCGGGUUUUGACCGGCUUCUCGAACAGCUUUCGCAGAUGGAAAUCAACGGAAUUGGGCGGUACGAGCAACCUCCGGCAUCGAAGGCGGCGAUUGAGGCGAUGCCCACAAUUGAGAUCGCGGAUGCUCAUGUAAACACAGAACAUCACUGUGCUGUAUGCAAAGAACCCUUCGAAUUGGGCGCCGAAGCUCGCGAAAUGCCUUGUAAGCACAUAUAUCACUCCGAUUGCAUCCUACCAUGGCUCUCCCUCCGCAACUCUUGUCCCGUUUGCCGCCACGAAUUGCCCUCCGAAGAGCGAAACUCGCCGGAAUCCAACGAGCAAACCCCCGAAGAAACCGUGGGUUUGACGAUAUGGAGGCUUCCGGGUGGUGGGUUUGCUGUAGGGAGGUUUUCGGGAGGCAGAAGAGGCGGCGAGCGAGAGCUUCCGGUAGUUUAUACAGAAAUGGACGGUGGGUUUAACAAUGGCGGUGCUCCGAGAAGAAUUUCGUGGACGUCGAGAACGAAUAGGAAUCAAGAGAGGGGCGGAUUGGGACGGAUGUUUCGGAAUCUGUUGGCUUGCUUUGGGGGGCAUGGAUCGUCCUCUUCUAGUUCGAGCUCAGAAUCUGGAAGUAGACGUAGGAGCAGUAGUUCCUUGUUAACUUUGGGUUCAUCUUCACGGAAUCGUAGAGCGUGGGCCCUUGAAGUUAACAGUGGAAUGAGGAGAUGGUGAUGUUGGAAGGAACGCAAAUCUUUUUCCUUCAGUAUUCAGAGAUUGAAGACAUGGUUAUUGGGUCAUUGUGCUGUACAUAUAGAAAGCCAUGAAAUGAAGGGUAGGGUCUGAAGAAAAAGAAGAAAAAAAGCCCAACUAUGAAUUUGGAGUUGGAUUCUGGAUAGUACACACGACCCUCAUGUACCAGAAUACCUUCUCUAGUUUCAUGGAUUGAAUUAAACUACCUGCACUCCUUUCUUUCAUCAUUUCCAAUUAGCAGUUUUAGCUCCAGUCUGUUGUCUUCAAGUUCAGUCAUUUUUUUUUCAGAAAUUUAUAAAAUAUCUAUAUUCAAUAAUGAUUCUACAGAAGUUUGCUUCUCAA